AUGCUGUCGUUCUCCUACCGCCCGCUCAUGCGCGGUGUAUUGGCAACGGCUGGCGCGUCGCUCAUGGCCCUGCCGAAUCGUGCACUGACUGCGACGACGCGCUCGCUCUACAGCAGCAAUUUGGUACGGUUGGCUCCAGUCGUGCCGCCAAAAGAUUCACCACCGACGAUGGGUGGCGAUCCAGACUUGGAGGAGACCCACCCUGAUUUUCAACCCCGCAUAGUGGGUGGUGACCUCGCCGAGGACGAGAUUGCCAUGAUCAAGAAGGACAUCGUCGACACGAUCCGCGACGAGGAAAUUGUCGUGUUCAUCAAGGGCGUUCCUGAGGCACCGAUGUGCGCCUUCUCAAAGCGCAUGAUCGAUGUGAUGGAGGCCCUUGGGGUGGAGUACACCUCGUUCGACGUGCUCGCUCACCCGGUGGUGCGCAGCUACGUGAAGGAGGUGAGCGAGUGGCCGACGAUUCCGCAGCUCUUCAUAAAGGGUGAAUUCGUGGGUGGCGUCGACAUCAUCCUGAAGAUGGCGGAGAGCGGAGACUUGCAGAUGCUGCUGGACCAGAAGGGCGUCAAGCACUGCGGUGCGAAGUCGUAG